AUGGAACUUAUGACUUCCAAGUACACCAUUGACCUGGUAGACCGACACGUCGCUGCAAUACGCAAGCUUUGCAAGGUCUGCUGCAAUGGUUUCCUCUUGAAGCACUUGGAAGCACUGGUCGACCUGCUACAUUUGGCCGUCGAAAGAUUUGCUGAAGGCCAAGACUUGGCGCAGGCUUUGUGUGACUUCACCCGCGUGGCAUCACAGCCGUUUGUCAGCUGCAAGACUUCGGACAUGAUCACCUACGGCCACCACCUCCCUGCCUUCAUCAAGGUGGGCCCUGCUCUCUUGGUCAACCGCACUUUGUUGCCAGAGUUCUUCGAACAGGGCUUGGUCAGUGUCCUGACCUACACACUGCCGGGAGCGAGUGAGGCCCGACAAGAGCGAAAGGCCAUGUUCGAGCGCCUUCGGAUCGAGGUCGCCCACACCCUGGCUUGCUGGGCCCGUUUCGGCCUGGACGAAGACAGCGUAGAGCUCUUGCCGAAUCAGCCGCUGAUCCAAGCGGUCGCGGAUUCCGGGACCCCAAAUUUGCGGAUUCUGCGACAGUCCAACGUCAUGGAUGCAGUCUCCGCCUCCUUCCGCUCGGAAGACAGCCCCGAGUCUAUCGUCAUCACCCUUGGUGCGAUCCGCGACAUGUCCUUGUACAGGCCCCUCGCAUGCCAGAUUACCAAUUGCGGUUUGAUCUCCAACCUUGUCCACGUCAUCCGUGUGAAUUUGCUCGGCUCUGACGUCCUGCUUGUGGCGGCAGAGGUUCUGUGGAAUGUUCUGGAGCUCGACUGGGAUGGGGCGACCGAAGCCCUCGGCCAAGAGGAGGUCAUCGAGUCUUUCCGCGAUUUCAUGAAUGCCGUCCUCACCCGCGGAUACCGGUUUAAGGACAAGAUUUUCCGGAACGACAUGAUGGUCCUCCUCAUGUACAUCUCCAAGCGUGUAGAAAAUCGCACCCUCUUCGCCUCCACCGGGCUUAUGGCGCUGCUCCUGAGCUAUGCCGUGUCAGAGGCACGGCGAAGGGAGUUGCUGCAGAGCGGCUUUUUGGAGAAGUACUUGCGAGAGGCCCGUGUGUUGCCUGACCUGGGCGAUGGUGCCAAGGCCUCCAAGGGUAUACCCCUCACCAACACCCAGGAGGACAUGGAAUUCCGCACCUUGCUUUGGGGCACUUUGGCGCGAUGCUGCUCCUCCGAGCCAUGUGCCGAGGCAGCUGUGCAGUGUGGCUUCGUGGAGUCCCUCCUCGAGUGCUUGGAUGCCGAGGCACCGCCAGAGAAGUGGAGCCAAGAGCAACGGCGACAGGUACAAUUGGAAGCCUUGUCCUCCUUGUUCCAGCUGGUACAAUACGUGCCGGACGCCUUCAUGGAGGCACAGGGCAAUGCUAUGGUCUUGCAGCUGCUUCAGGCAACGCGAAGCCGGGAAGUUCAGAAGAAGUGCCUUCACUUACUGCAGGUCGCUGUGCGCAUGGGCCCACACUUUGCCGAGAAUCUGGGUCAGCUUGGAGCCGUGGGGACUUUAGUGGAGCUCUUCACGGACAAGGACAAUCCCAUGACCUCCAGGCAAAUGUGCGCCUCGGUCUUGGCGACCAUGUGCAAAGAGUACCCCGAGAAUGCUCGCGAAUUCCGAAAAAAGGACGGUGUCGAGGCCAUGCGUGACGAGGUGGUCUACCGGCCCGGUGAGACCACUGACAACCACCUCUUCUAUAGCUUAUGUGUGGUGGAUUGUGUGUGGAACGCCGUCGUAGGAACCCGCAAGAACGAGAUCCGGUUCUUGGACGCAGGUGGGCUUUUCGCACUUCUCGAUUGCCUCGAGGUGGCUCCGAUGCUCCUGAAGCGGCAGAUCAUCGGAUGCCUGGCAGAUCUUAUGGAAUACAAGAAGGCCGCCAAGCUCUUCACGCAGUGGAACUCGCAGGUGACCAUGAAGGGUGCGCUGAGACUUCUCCUAGAGCUUUGGCAGUGUGAGCAGCAGGCACAUGGCAUGUCGCUGCAACAUGCAACGCAUCGCCGCUUUAAGCCACAGGCCGCAGGGAAUUUGGCUCCGGAUGGUGUGAUUCGUGACCUGGAACAGCCUCUGAAUCCUCGGGCACCACCAACGCUGGCUCUUGGCGAACUCAUCGAUGACGGUGACAGCACCGUCACCAGCACCAGCCGUUUCGCCGGGAAAUUUCGACACGCCAAGAACUUUGCAGACACGGCCGGCACGGGCACCAGCGUAACGACGGCCAGCCAUGGAAGAACGCAGAAGGCGCGGGCCGCCCUGCAGGAUGACGUUUGCGCAUGGCAUGUGGCAUCGUGGCAGCGCGUGGCAAACGAGGCCUUCGAGAAGGCCCCGGCUUCGGCACAGCAGCGGCAAGGAUCGCAGUGGCUCUCCAGCGGCAUUGAACAGGACCCAGCCUUCGCACUUUUCCCGAUUGCAGGCCGAGCCAAGAUCUACGCCGUGCUGAAAUGCAUCGGCUUCGAGUGUCAAGAGACCCUCAGCAUCGCAGAGAGGCAGCAGAUGGAGCUUGUCAAGCUCUUUCCAAUGGCAGUGGAGCUUGAGAUGUGGAUCAAGGUGCAGGAGAGUUUGGCCAACCGGGGCAUCAAGCCCGUGAGCGCAGACAGGCAGUGGAUCGAGGAUUGUGUGGUGGAGCGCAGAGACCAAGCAGCCUGGGUGCAGAACAUCCAGAAGAAGUUGGCCGAAGAGAGGCAGACCGAGGAGGAGGCAAGCCUGGAGCGCUUCUACAAGGAUCUCCGCGGCCGCGCCCAGAUCCAGAGGAUGACGCAGCCACCAGGUUACCCGCCGCACCUGGGUAGUAAAGACAGUGACAUGUGGAAUGAGCGCCUACCUCGGACG